ACAGGAAGGUCACACCAUCCCCCACCAUCAUCAGGAUAAAGAAACCAAUGAUAUAAAAGUUGAGGAAAAUGAGAUUGAUGUCAAGGGUAAUCGCGAGUCUACGGCGGAGACGGGAAUGAAGGUGACCAUUAAGGAGGAGGAAUAUCCUGUAACUAUAGGCACAGGUUAUAAAACAGAAGACGGCCUCGUACAAUAUUCUUCACAAUUAAACCAGGUUGCUCAAAAUGUACAUCUUGCUGUAGAUCAAAGGCCACAGAAACCUAGGAAUCCGUAUCUAUGUUCCGAAUGCGGGAAAUGUUUCUCACAGAAAGGAGACCUUCUUAGACACCAGAGAAUCCACACGGGUGUGCGUCCUUUUUCAUGCUCCGAGUGCGGGAAAUGUUUCACUCAGAAAGGAGACCUUCUUGCGCACAAGAGAAGACACACGGGCGAGCGUCCCUUCUCAUGCUCGGACUGCGGGAAAAGUUUCACUCAGAACGGAGACCUUACAAGACACCGGAGGAUCCACACGGGGGAGCGUCCUUUUUCGUGCGCAGAGUGCGGGAAAUGUUUCACUCAGAAAGGAGUCCUUACUGCACAUCAGAGACGUCACACGGGCGAGCGUCCUUAUUCGUGUUUAAAGUGUGGCAAGCGUUUUGUCCAAAAAGGACAACUUCUUACCCACCAGAGAACACACGUGGGGGAGGACCCUGCUUUAUGUUUGUAGUGCGGGAAAUGUAUUACUGAGAAUAGAGCAAUUGUUACACAGAAGGGAAGUCACAUGGGUGAGCUUCUGUUCCCUAAAUCUUCUGUUUUGAGGUCCACUUGAUACAAAGUCUUCCUUCACCUUGUAUAUCUCUCCUGGUGGAUGAAAGGGACCUUAAUGACUAUUGUAUAAUCAAGUAGUAUUCAUAACAGAACUAUUCAUCCUGUGAAUCUACAUACACAUUUGUUCUCUGAGGCAAUAACAAAAGUUAUUAGGCUAUUUUUCCCCCAGGCUGAAUUUUUUUCCUCAUAGGCUGGAUAGGGAAAAUACCACAUUAUGGCCACUAGAUGGAGCUAACAGCCACAGGAAACCAAUACGUAUUUUCUAUGAUCAUUAUCUCCAUCUAGUGGCUGAAAUGUAGUAUUUUCAAGAUUUACUUUAUACUGUAUGAAGAAUAGACAUGUGCACUGCCGAAAAAUGUGUUUGUUUAUUAUUUUUGUGGGGUAUUUCCUUAUGAUCGCAAUUUGUAAAAUCGUAAAUUUGAAAAUUUGUAGAUUGGAAAAUUAGAAUAUUCGCAAAUUCAUAAAUUAGAAAAUAAGAAAGAAAA